GCGCUCCCGGACUUCCCCGCCCAGCCGCCCGCUCCCUCCCCGUCCCUGUGGCCGCGCGCUCGCGGCCCCGACGCCACAGCCGCCCGGCCGCCGCCGCCGCCAGCCGCGCGCAUCCCGAGCCGCCGCGGGAAGCAGGAGCCAUGGUGCCCAUAAAGAAGUACCUGCUCAAGUGCCUGCACCGGCUGCAGAAGGGCCCCGGCUACACCUACAAGGAGCUGCUGGUGUGGUACUGUGACAACACCAACACCCACGGCCCCAAACGCAUCAUCUGCGAGGGGCCCAAGAAGAAGGCCAUGUGGUUCGUGCUCACCCUGCUCUUCACCUCCCUCGUCUGCUGGCAGUGGGGCGUCUUCAUCAAGACCUACCUGAGCUGGGAGGUCAGCGUCUCCCUCUCCGUCGGCUUCAAGGCCAUGGACUUCCCCGCCGUCACCAUCUGCAACACCAGCCCCUUCCAGUAUUCCAAAGUCAAGCAUUUGCUGAAGGACCUGGAUGAACUGAUGGAAGCAGUCCUGGAGAGGAUCCUGGGCCCUGAGCUCAGCCAUUUCAAUGCCACCAGGGCCCUGAACCUCACCAUCUGGAACCACAUGCCCCUGGUCUUUAUCAAUGAGCAGAACCCCCACCACCCAGUGGUUCUUGAGCUCUUUGAGGACAACUACAACGGCUCAGCAAGCAACAGCUCAACACCAGGAAAGACCUGCAGCGCCCACCACGGGUGCAAAGUUGCCAUGAGACUAUGCAGCCACAACGGCACCACGUGCACCUUCCGGAACUUCAGCAGCGCCACCCAGGCCGUGACAGAGUGGUACACCCUGCAGGCCACCAACAUCUUCGCGCAGGUUCCAAACCAGGAGCUGGUGGCCAUGGGCUACCCUGCCGAGAGGCUGAUCCUGGCCUGCCUGUUCGGGGCGGAGCCCUGCAACUAUAGAAACUUCACGCCCAUCUUCCACCCUGAUUACGGCAACUGUUACAUCUUCAACUGGGGCAUGACCGAGAAGGCCCUCCCUUCAGCCAACCCCGGAGCUGAGUUCGGCCUGAAGCUGAUCCUGGACAUGGGCCAGGAAGACUACAUGCCCUUCCUCACGUCCACGGCCGGAGCCCGGCUGAUGCUUCACGAGCAGAGGUCGUACCCCUUCAUCAAGGAAGAGGGCAUCUACGCCAUGUCUGGGAUGGAGACUUCCAUCGGAGUGCUGGUGGACAAGCUGGAGCGCAAGGGCGAGCCCUACAGCCAGUGCACCAUGAACGGCUCCGACGUCCCCAUCCAAAACCUCUACAGCAGCGACUACAACACAACCUACUCCAUCCAGGCCUGUAUCCGCUCCUGCUUCCAAGACCACAUGAUCCGGAAUUGCAGCUGUGGCCACUACUUGUACCCACUGCCCCGUGGGCAGAAAUACUGCAACAACCAGGAGUUCCCGGACUGGGCCCUCUGCUACUCGGCCCUGCGCAUGAGCCUGGCGCAGAGGGAGACCUGCAUCGACAUGUGUAAGGAGUCCUGCAAUGACACUCAAUACAAGAUGACCAUCUCCAUGGCCGUCUGGCCUUCCGAGGCCUCCGAGGACUGGAUUUUCCAUGUCUUGUCUCAGGAGCGGGACCAAAGCACCAAUAUCACCUUGAGCAGGAAGGGAAUUGUCAAGCUCAACAUCUACUUCCAAGAGUUCAACUAUCGCACCAUUGGGGAGUCAGCAGCCAAUAACAUCGUCUGGCUGCUCUCAAAUCUGGGCGGGCAGUUCGGCUUCUGGAUGGGGGGCUCGGUGCUGUGCCUGAUCGAGUUCGGGGAGAUCGUCAUCGACUUCGUGUGGAUCACCAUCAUCCGGCUGGUGGCCCUCGCCAAGAGCCUGCGGCGGAAGCGGGCCCAGGCCCGCUAUGACGGCCCGCCGCCCACCGUGGCCGAGCUGGUGGAGGCCCACACCAACUUCGGCUUCCAGCCUGACGUGGCCACCCGGGGCCCCAGCGCUGGGCCCCACUCCCACGAGCCGACCCCGCCCAUCCCGGGCACCCCACCCCCCAACUACGACUCCCUGCGUCUGCAGCCGCUGGACGUCAUCGAGUCUGACAGUGAGGGCGAUGCCGUCUAGACCCUGCCCCGCCCAUCCCGGGCAGCCCAAGCACCUGGACCUGAGCUGCCGAGACCAUUGCCCGAGGCCACAUUUUACGAUGCUCUCUCCACAGAGCCGGGACGAUAGGUGUCCAAGGCCAGAGUCCAGGUCCCUCUAUGGAGAGGCCAGCAGCCCCUGGCCAGUCCAGGCUGAAGGCUCCGUGGGGUCACUGUGCUGGUACCAAUGUGUGUUCCUGCUCACACCCCCAACCUGACCUGAUCCUUGUCCUGGGAUGCCCCCUGCCAGGCUCCGAGACCUGGACCACCCUCUGCUGGAGGAAGGCCAUGUCCCUCCCAGUGCCAGUCACCAUCUGCCCCAGAGAUGAACAGGCAGGCAUGCUGUGCUGUCUGUCCCCAGAAUCAGCGUUCUUUUCCUUCCUGGCCUCAGCUACCUGGUGAAUGUGUUUAGCGAGGGCCGCUCUGGUGGAGAGCAGGCAUCAGAGGCCCUGCCGGGUAGCACAUGCUUUGUUCUGGAAAAUAAAAGUAGAAAACACAG